AUGGCAUCGAACAAUUUGAACGCCGCUGACAUCAAUGGUUCUACAAUCGCAAGUUUGCUGAAACAAAGAAUUCAAAAGAGGCAAAAAGACGAAUCGCAGAUAGUGCAACAAAAGAUUAGCCCAGCAGCUGUCAUCGGAUUGGAAAAACAAAAUGUGCAGGAUCUACGACUAAUAAUAAUCAAUGAGGUGUCCAAUGUGACAGCUUCAAAAUUGGGCAAACUCUCCAGGCUGUUUAGUGAAGUGCUACAAAGUCCGGAUCAGUUUUUUGGAGGUAUACUGGUCCUUUUAGUAGGGGAUUUUAAUCAAAAGGAACCAGUUGGUGGCAUACUGGCAACAACAAGUCUGAUAAAGAAGGUGAAGAACGAAAUUGGGCAUUCCAAAGAUACAACAAAUUCAGAGCACAGAAUGAAGAAGAAACAAAAAUUGUCAAUUGAGACCACAACGCCUUCUCUCCUUGAUGCGAAUUGCCAUAAUGUUGUUUCCGACAAUAACUUGGGAUGCAACAUACUUGCAGCUUCUCGCUGGUUUGAACUCACUGAAGCUGAAAGAAGCAAAGACACAAACCACAACAACAACAUUGACAGCUUUUACAAUGGCAAUCCAAUCUAG